AUGGAGCUAACUGAUCCAUCCAUUAUGUCAUCGUCGUUGCCAGUAGAAACAGAUCCUCAAACAGAUUCUACACAUAUUGUUACUCCUUCUGGACAAGAAGCUGAUUUACAACAAUUUAUUAAAUUUUUAAGAAAUAAAAAUGAUUCUUCAAAGACUACAGCAGGAGGAGCAGAUACUUCCUUAAAUGAUGAAUUUCAAGAUAAACCUACAGAAACUAUUGAAUCCAUUGUUGAUUAUAAACCUGAUACAUCUACAGGCUCUAAAAUUUAUGUAUAUAGUAUUAAUGAAUUAUUAGAUAUUACUAAAAAUAUUCCAAAGGAAUAUAUUGAAGAAAAAGCUGAAACUUUACCAAAAAGAAAAUUUUGGAGAUUAUAUCAAAGAUUCCCAGAUAAUGGUAACCAUAAAUCUAAUUUCAGAAAUAAUCAAAAUAAUAACUCAAACAAUAGUUCGAAUAAUAAUAAUAAUAACAACAACAACAAAUCAAGAACGUAUUCGAAUGAUGCCAAUUCUAAUGAAAGAAGAAACCACAAUCGAAACAAAAAUGGGAAAAAUUCUAAUAGCCAUGUGAAUGGACCUGGAAAUAAGAAAAAAUCAAAUAAAUCGAUGGCAUUAACUAGUGAUGAACUUGAAUUCGAUGCAAAUUUUGAAUCAUCUGGGAAUGCGAUUGCUGAUUUCGAAGCGUGGAAAUCACAAAUGAAAGAAAUGGAACGUCAAAAGAAAUUCGGAGGUGCUAAUUCUACUUCUUCAUCAUCAUCUAUGGGCCAAAAUAUUACUCCUAAUUCUAACAGAAAUGAUAACUCAACUAUAGGUACUAAUAAACCAUCUAAUGCACAAUCAAGUAUAAUAUCCGAUUUCUUAAACUUAUCAAGGAACAAUAACACUAAUUCUCAUAUGAAUACUGGAAAUAUUAUUGGUAGUGAAAGUUCAAACACAACUACUACAACUGGUACGGCUGCUACCACUACAUCCACUCAAAAUAUCACAGUAGAAUCUACUACUAUGGAGCAGCAACACACUUCAAAUGGCUCGAUAAAUACUAAAGCUGAAACGGCCUCAGCUGGUCCUUCUGAAUCUAAACUACCAGCAGAUUUAUCAAGAAGUUCUUCUUCGAGAUUUACGUCGUUCUUCUCUAAUGCCUCUUCUUCCUCAUCAUCUAAACCUUUAGAUACCCAAUUGAAGAACUCAAACUCAAACGAACAACAGGAGACACAGAGUUCUAAACAAGUACAACCUCCAAAACAACCAGUCAUGCAACAACAAAAUCAACCUGCUGGUAGUUCGCGAUUGAUGGGCUUCUUCAAUAAACCUUCUCCACCAAACCAAAAUAUAUCACCAGAGGCUCAACAAGGUAGCUUACAAUCUUCCAAGGUAUCACCAACUGCUCAGCAACCAGGACCACAGCAACAACCACAGCAGCAAAUGCCUAUGAACUUGCAAAUGCAACUACCACCACAGCCAGUUGGUAUGCAACCAGGAAACAAUAUGUUUUUCCAGAACUUAUUAAACAAGAACAAAAAAGCUGAAGAUGGUAACCAAAUUCAACAAAAUAAUGGCAAUCAAAAAAAUGCACAAUUCAAUCAAAUGCAAAUGCCACCUCCAGGUAUGGGAGGCCCACCUAUGGGUCAUCCAGUACAAGUAUUACCUCCUGGAUUAAACAAUUUCAAUAACAAGGAUAAGAAAGGCAAAAAUGACAAUGCUCCGAAUGGAACUAUGCAAAUGCCUCCUCAUAUGGGUAUGCCACCACCACAUAUGAUGCAAGGGAAUUUUAAUAUGCCUCCGCCUCCAGGUUUCCCUGGUUUCCCACCACAAGGUCAAAAUUUUCAAAUGCCUGUGGCUGAUACUGGUAAGGGUCCCAAGGCUUCCAAUAAGGAAGGUUCUAAUGAAUCUAAGGGUAAUGUUAACCAAUUUCCAUCACCACAACAAUUUAUGCAAAUGAGAGGACCACCUCCACCUGGGUUUAUGCCAAUGCAGGGAAUGCCACCAAAUAUGCCAUAUCCUCCAAAUGGUAUGAUGCUUCCAUCAUAUCCUCCACAGCAUAAACAAGAAGGAAAGAAUAAUAAGAGCAAUCAAAUGAACCCUCAACAAGGAUUUUUCCCACCACAGAUGGCACAAAACCCUAAUUUUCCAAUGAAUCCAAAUAUGCCACUUGCUUCAAAUCAACAGAGAUCAGGUAGUGUACCAAACCAAAAUAAGAAAUAG